UGGGCAUGCUGUGCAGGCGGGGGGCCUUUUGUAGUAUAUGUCGCUUGGGGAUAUGCCUUUCAUGUUGUCCUGAUCACAAGAGCCGACAUCACGGUGAUGGCCCAGGCACCCUAAUGAAUAUAUGUAUGACAAAGGAUGGGCCAGCGCUAGAAGCUAGGGAUGUUAAAAUCAACAACAUGGGGUACAAUUGGCAGUUUAUUCAAAGAAAGCUGCACACUGGCCAGAAAUAUAUUCUGCUGCAUGAGCCACAGACCGACAAGAGGAAUAAGGGCAAUUGCCUUCGGUGCAAUGGCCUAGUGAAGACCAAAAGCCGCUAUUGCUGUGCCAGAUGCAAGGCUAUUCAUAUACCAAAUGGAGAGAACACGGACAUUAUCAAUGCGUUGCUUCAGUGUGAUUUCCACCAGGCUGCAAUCCGAGACAAGUUCUGCGCUGUUUGCAAGACAGCCUUUGCGUCGGCGCAUUGUGCUGAUCAUGAGGCACACCAUCAUGAGCAAGCAACAGCGGCCUGAAAGUUCAUAUCAAUUCAAACUUCUUUAUGGAGAUUCAUCCCUCUUGCGCUGGCGAUCUGUAUGUGCAGAAAUAACCUCAUCCUCAAAACAACCCCCC